UUUUUAAUUUUUCAGCUUGAUGGCCCAUCAAUGAUGGGUCUUCUUUAAUGCACUCUUUCCUUUUCCGAGUUUUUCUGAGCUGAGUAGAAAGUUCAGCUCAGCUCAUGCUUUGCUGUUUAAACUUGAAAUCGUCUGCAUAUUGUGAUGAUGCACGCAACAGUUAGACGACUUGCAUCGUGGUGUGUUUUCUGGGACGAACGAUAUUUCUGCCGAACGCUAUCGCUUGACAUCGAGCGAUGUACCUUCUCUACGCGAUCCUUUGGUGCGUCUGGUACCCGUGAGGAUGGCACUCCUGUUCCUGCAGAUGCGAAGAAACCGGAUGCCGCGGCCUCCAUUGACGAGUAUCUGAAAUCCGUCCAUCUCAAGCACAAAAUCCGCAAUGAUUUCGCGAUGAAACACGAGUACAAUCGUCUGCGGCGCAUGAGUCGGAGCUUGACGCCUGUGCAGCCCAUCGCGGAGCCAUCCUUCCUCUCAUCACGAAUCCAGGGAAAAGCCGAAUCCAGGCAUUCUCCACAAAAUUACCUUGAUCCGGACGCCAUGCUGUCCAAACUGGAGACGGCAGAUCGCGAAGGGAAAGCGCUGCCAAUCAUGGAUCUUGUCAAAUACGCUUCCACCUGCGCACAACACGGACGCGUCGAAGGAGUAGAACUCUGCCAGAAAAUCAUGGCGGAGCAUAAUGAAGAGGAGUUUGAGAGACAGAUGAAGCUGCAGCACUACCUGGGCAAUGCGCUAUGGAUGGCCGGGCGGUUUCGGGACUCGGUAGACGUCUUCAAGACGGCUUUUCGCGAUUAUCCACUCGGACGACGGAAGAUUAUUAAUCUCUUCCGUUUCAGUAUUUAUCGCGCUGUGAACACCUAUCCCUGUCCGGAACAGUUCGAUUCCCUCAACGAAUUUGUCGAUUACGCGGCGGAGUUUAAGGAAUUGCAGGUGGGUGUAUUUUUAUGGAGGGCGCUGUUCCAACAUCCCUCGCCCGCCGCCCUCACUGACGCCGAUAAGUUAUUAUCCCGGCAUCCGGGUGUCCAACGCCUGAUUCCGGGUCAGUGCACCACCCUCCUGGAGCAGGCCCGUCGCGAACGGGAUGCCGGACUGCUGUACCGCCUGCUGACGCUGCUCAAAGACAUCCCGACGCAGUUCAAGGAUUUCAAGCAUUUGUCGGGGUGUGCGUUCGAUGCGCUGAUGGAGAUGUACUGCCGGAAUGAGGAUGUGGAGGGCGGGAAGGGUCUGCUGCAGUUGGGAAAUGAGUAUGCUCUGGAGUAUGGGCCGAUUAUGUGGCCGGAAACGGUGCAGCGGUUGGACAGGAUUAACCCGGCGCAGAAACCGGUGGAGUUGCCGGCGAUCAAACCGAUCGCAAAGCCCAAAGGAUUUAAAUUGCAGUUUUAAAUUCUUAAUGGCAGGGUGAUGUUUUUUGUGCGUGUUUUGAUUAAGUUCGUUGUCCUGUUAUCUGUCACUCUUUGAACUUCGGUUGAAAAUGUCGAUAAAAGAAAGAUGAACCGUCCGUCAAAGGAUUAGCAGUAUUUUAUGAAAUAAAAUAUAAUUAAAAAGAUGAAAAAUU